AGAAACUUUUGUAGAUGAUAAAGUUGAUAAAUGUCAAGAUGCUUCUGGUGAAGGAAGUAACUCUUUGAUCAUUGAUCACAAUUUUAAUAUUACGAGUGAGAAAGUACCUUCUUUUGUUGAUGAUGGAGGGUGUAACCUGAACAUUGGUAAAAAUGUUAAUGAUAUUGACAAUAAGGAAGCACCAUCAUUGGAUGACUGUGACAACUCAUUGAACUGCAGUAGAGUGAAAGUGUACAUGAUCGACAAUGCCGUUGAUGACCUUUUUAGGCACGAGUUAUUCUUUUGAUGUUUACUUUUGCAGCACCAUAAGGAAAGUAUGUUGUGCUCACUACUCAACCACUUUGUUUCAGGAUCUAUUACUACCCUUCAUUGUUGCAGCAAUGGAGGAGUUGCAACUUGUCAAGAAAGACACUACUGUUGAUGGAAUUAUUAAAAGCUACUCUAUGGAUGUAAAUAAUUGUAUCCUUGAAUUUGCUUCAGUAGACCUAGCACAGAAAGCCCGCACCUUAGAUGGCAUAGAAUAUGUUGACAGUUGUUUAUGUAUUAAGGCUGUGAAUGAUAUCAGCAAUGACUGUACUGUGAUGGUACUCAAUGUACCUAGUGGCAAAGAGUCACUGGUGCAGAAAUAUGUGGAGGCCUUGCUAGUUAGAAAGGGCUUAGUCGCCUCACCUGAUGGGCAGUCUGUGAUUGUGUUCUCUUGUACUGAAAAUCAUGCUGUGUACUGGAAGAUUCAAGAUAAGAUGGCCUAUGAUGGGAUCUUAGAAAUGAGGUCUCUUAAGUUCCUUAACAGCACACUGGAGUUUGUGAAACCCUCAAAGACCUCGGAGGUGCAGGUGGCAUCCUGCUCAUCCACAUCUGAAGUACCAAGCCAAAUAUUUAAAUCUAAAAUACCAGUGAAGAAAGUGUUGGCCUGCUCAUCAAAAGACCCUGAGGAAAAAGCUUCCUCAUCCUCAGCUACUUCUGCACGUGCACCUGCUAAUCUUAACGAAGUUAUCUGUGUAGAUUCUCUAUUAGGUGAAGGUGAUGAGACAGAAAUGAAGAAUGCAGAUUACCUCAUCAAGGAGGAUGCUGGAAAAGUGCUGUUCUUAAACAAAUUAAUACUCACAAGACGCCUCUUUCGCAAUAAACAAAACUUCUCUGCAGGCAAUGCCCGGCUAAUGGCAGAAGUGCGCCAAGCGGGUGUUGAUGUAAAUAUGCAGGAUGUCAUCAAGCGCAGAAGUUACUGGCUAGAUGUCUACAAUGCCGUGAAGAGGGGCAAGCAACAGUCACUUUUUAUGUUACCCUUAACGGUAAUUUUUGGUGAUGCGUCCAUUGACACCUUAAUAGGUACAGAAUUUCAAGUGGGCGAAGAUUGUACACUGGAAAGUCAGCUGGUUGAUCCCAUGAAAGUUGCCACAACAGCAGCCAUGUUUACUAAAGGUGCAGUAUUUUCGGAUCAAGCUGCUAGAUACCUAAUUAAAGUAAUUAAAUGUAACUAUUCAUCUCUUGAAGACUGUAAGAAUCAGGACAUUUUCUGGAAAGAAGUAUCUAAAAUCCUGGCUGCAAAGGAGUACCACUUAGAUUUUUCUGCUUGUGAAAGGAAGUACCAUACAGCACAAAAACUGCACCGUAAUCGUGCAGCAAUCGAGCUAAGGACUGGAGGUGAAGGCCCCUCAGUCUCUGGAAGGAAAAAAGAAGAAUGGUACUGGAAUGAUGACAUGCAUUUCCUGAUGGCAAAGGAUAGUAUUAGUAAUCCUCUUAUGACAGUCUCCUUGGGUUAAUCCAAAGUCGUUAAGGUCAAGAGCAGGAUGGAAGAUGAUUGCGUGAUGGAAGAUAAUGUGCCGAAAAUGGGACGGAGCCAGGUACCAAAGCUGAUGAGGCCCAAGUCCAAGCAAGAUGCGAGGACAGAAGCCUACCUUGAAAUGUCAAAAGC